AUGUCUAGCGUCCAUGUCGAAUUGAAUUCGGCAGAAUUCGGAUCUGGCGUCCCUUCAACCACGGAUCAAAGACUACGACUACCACCGGAAACGAUAGUUCACUGGGAAACGCUAGGAUGCGCGCUGUUGCUCUUCAGAAUUACCUUGUCACUAGUUUUCCAAAAUUCUUUCCACAAAAUCACGAUGUCAGAUAUGUGGCCCGAUGUGAUCAACCUCGGCAGCCUCAUCCAACACGGGCUGGACAGCAUCCAUCAGCUCCAAUCAGACAUCGCCUGCCAACACACCCAAGUCGACAGUUCCAGUCUCACUGAUUUCUACCACUAUGUCGUGUCUUUGACUCUAUCUACCUUGGCAAUAUACGCCCGAAUCGUACUCAGUCUUGGGUUGAAGACCCGUCCCGUGGCAGAUCCUUUACAAGGCUCACACUUGAGAAAAGAUUGCUCGUUAUGCUGUGGUCUGCAAUGCGCAUCAGCUCUUUGGUUGGGAUUUGCGUUGGAGCAUACUCGGGAGUGUGGGCGUGUUAUGCCCGUCAUUCCUUCUGUCUCUGCCACCCCAGCAUUCGAAUGUUGUAGUCCGACAAACCUUGCGCCCGAGAAGCCAGAUUUAUGGAUCUUCUCGGCUCUGCUUGAAACUCUCCGGGUGCCUCGCGUCGACUCUACAAAGUAUCUCCCCUCCAUCCGCCACGUAGAAUAUAUCGCAUCUCCCAAAGGUGCAAACCAGCUCACCUCGACUAUCGAAACGGCCAUUCCCACUUCAAGCUACCCAACAGGGCACGAUCUUGCCUCAAAAAAUUUCAUGGGUAUCCUUGCACCUGGCUGCUGGAAGCAGAUUCCGAUUCCAAGGAUUUUUGACAAAGAGGAGCUGGAGCAGUGGCAUAAGAUGGAACAAGAGAAGGAGGAGGAAAGAGAACAAGUGCAAAAAGCCACACAUCCAUGA